ACCCGUGUGUCUCCCCCCCACGGUUUGGACUGUUCCAUUUAACAUCUGACAAAAAGAAUCUGAUAGCUGGAGAACAGUUCUUCAUGUCAGGGACGGCUGGAGUCACAGCAAGCAGAACACUGUGCUCCUGGACCUCUUAAGAUAAGCAAAUGGAUGACAAAGAGCUGAAUGAUCUGUCACUGAUUAAAGAUGACUUAACCCGGUCAACCAUUGGGUCAACUGGUGAUGCAGAAAAAAUGAUCCAGCGUUUGAAUGAAGAACUUCGAGAUGCCCAGGAGCUGGCUAAUACUGAGAAGCACAGAUGCACGGAGCUGCAAGGCCAGCUGAGGCAGCUCCAAGAUGAAAUGGGCAUUCUCAGACAGCAGAUUGACAUGUCAUCCAGUUCACGUGAUGAGCUGCAAAGUGCACAAGAUGAGGUGAGGUCACUGAAGCGUGCGCUGGAUGCAGCUGUGGCAGAGCGGGGCCGUGAUGUCACUGCUGUCCAAAGUGAGCUGGUGACUGUCUCCAAAGACCUGGAUAAAUGGCGUCAGACUGCCAACAAAUAUGAGCGGGAAAUUGACAAUCUGCAGCAUGAUCUGCAGCAACAGAGCAAGCAAUGGCAGAAAACAGCAGAAAUACAAGCCAACGAACUGCAGUCCAUGCAGAUGGAAUGUAACUGCCUUCAGAAGGAGAACGCUGUCCUGCAGUCUGAACUACAGGACACGCUGAACAAACAUCAGAAGGAAAAGAGCAGUCUGCAGAGCGAGUGUGCUUCCAUCAGGGCCGAGAAUGACGAACUCUUCAAGGCUCACCAGAAAGAGAGAUGCAACCUACAGAAUGAAUGUGCAGCACUGCACACUGAGAAAGAAGCCACGCUGCAGAAACACCAACAACUUGAGAGGGAUUUUGCCAGUUCACGUGCCCAGAAUGCUGAGCUGAAUAAUAACUUUAAAGCCCUGGAGAGAGCUCAGCAGGAGCUGGAGAAGAGAAUGGCAGCUCUGCAGCUCCAGCACCAACAGAAGAGCGCUGAGCUGCAAAGGCAGCUGGAUGAAGCAAACAGCUGUAGCUCGGCUCUGCAGAGAGAGAAUGAGGACACUAAGGCGUCGCUGUCUGAGCUGCAGGAAAAAUACGAGAAGAGCGAGCAGGAAAAACUGUUGCUUUCAGAAGAGCUCCAGGAGUGUAAAGCCAAUAUGAAGGACCUACAGGAGAAAGGAACAAAUACGUCCAUAUUGCUGCCUGUUCAAGCCAUAGUCAUCGGUCUUAUCCUGGCUUUGCUGUAUUGGUGCUUCGGCGCAUUGUGGUAGUAAGAAGCCGUGGAUGAUGUGGGGGCCUCUGGCUGCCGCUGCCGCGUUGACAGUCGUGACCGUUGCCGUGCUUUUCAGAAGCUGAGCGCCACUUAACCAAGUGCACACUCACAAAAAAAUCCAUAUUUGUCUUCACAUUUCUCCACACUGAAACAGUAAUUGCCUCCGUGUCAUAUCUGCACUGUUGGAGUGCUCUUAACUUGCACUGUUAGAUGUUCUAUUUUAGAUGGCGGCUGUGUCAAUAAAAGUGACAGAUUUGUGUGAAAA